AUUUUGACAUGGUUGCGCCUUCGUUCGAGUCGUUCUCGCCGACGACGUUGGCUGAUGUGUUGCCACGAGCCCAGGUCCUGCGCCACGAUAUCCGUCCGCUGUGGAACUCUCCGCGUAUCGCUGGCCCUGCCUUUACGGUUCGCCUCCCCCCAGGAGACAAUUUGAUGCUGCAUGUUGCCAUGUACGAAGCUCCCCCCGGAUCCGUGGUGGUGGUGCAGUCUGGAGACGUGAGUUUUGCCGCGAUCGGAGGCAACGUGGCUCGUAUCGCAAAGGAACGAGGAAUCGCAGGAUUAGUGCUGGAUGGUGUCGUGCGGGACAUUGCUGAGAUCCGCGCGCUCGGGUUUCCCGUGUUUGCCCGCGGCAUUGUUCCUUUUCCAGGCACUAAAACGCGCCGAGGGGCGUUGAAUGAACGCGUGGUAUGUGGAGAUGUGACAGUGGACGCGGGGGACGUGGUCGUCGCCGAUGAGGAAGGUAUUGUCGUCGUACCCACCUCGCGCUGUCAAGAGUUUUUCCGAGCAGCCCUUGUCCGCCAGCACAAGGAGAACACGGAAGACUACGAAGAGUGGAAGCUGAACCACCGAGCUCGACUACAAGAUGCGUACUACAGUCAUAUUGAGCAAUAGAAUGACUCUCGCAUGA